AUGGUGGCCACAAUGAAGGCAUCUUUUCCUCCCCUUGUGCCUCUUUGUGCAGGUCUUUACUUUGCCCGUGGGCCCUUGAGAACUUGGGUCAUUGGGGGCAAGGAAGUGACACCCCAUUCUCGGCCCUUUAUGGCAUCCAUCCAGCGGGAGAACAAACAUAUCUGCGGAGGAUUCUUGGUGAGACGGAGAUGGGUGAUGACAGCAGCUCAUUGUGAAAUUCACAAGCAGCCGGCUUUCUUCCGUGUCAUCCUCGGUGCCCAUUCGCUCAAGACUCCGGAGGCCUCACAGCAAAUCUUUGGAAUCAAGAACUCUAUUGCUCACCCACUUUAUGAUAGUGCGACAGUGCAAAAUGACAUCCGUCUAGUCAAAUUGAACAGGUCAGCCAUUUUCAACUCGAAGGUCCAGCGGAUCAAGUUACCACAAGCUGACACCGAUCCUUGCCCUGGGCUCCUAUGCCAUGUUCUUGGCUGGGGGGUAAUCUCAAAUUAUGGGACCGUCCCCACAGAACUCAUGGAAGCCAACACGACCAUUGUGGACAGGAAGGCUUGCAACGAAUCAUGGCAAGGACACGUGUUCAAGGGUAUGGUCUGCGCAGCCAACACCAGUCCCGUCCUGCAAGGUUUCUGUACGGGUGACUCGGGGGGGCCCUUAGUGUGUGGGAGAAAAGUUCACGGCAUCAUCUCCUUCAACGGAAAGAGAUGUGGGGAUCGGUGGUUUCCAGACGUCUACACCCGCAUCGCCAACUACAUCCCCUGGAUCCGUUUCGUGCUGAAGACCUUUUGAUUGGUGGCCUUGGAAGGCUGCGUGGGGUUCUCAAAGAAAGUUGACCCAUUUGGUGGAAGAGGAGGGACACAUUUGCUCGGCCUUGCCCAACUUUCUAUUGGGAGAACCACUCCCAGAAUUUCCAGUGGUCCUUAGCCAUAUUGACUGGAUAUUCUGGGAGAUGUAUUUGUCACACAUCUAGAAAGCUAGAAGAGGGAUGCUACACUGACAGCUGGAUAGAUUUUUUUAAGGCAGCUUCUAUAGAAUAAUUAAAUGUAAUUAA